CCUCAUUACGAAGAAGAAUUUCUCCCACAACCAGAAGGGCCAUCGGCGCUGGAGUUACCCAUGGCGGCCUUCACGGGCCAUUGAGGCUUCUCAUGGAACACUUUGCUCGAGAUUGUGAGAGAUCAUGCUCCAGGAUGGAUCAUUGUGUCCAGGCCUAUCGUGAAAUAGAGGAGAUCCUCCUGAGCCUUAAGAAGAGCGCCGAUGAUCUUGAGCGAUCUUUCGCACAACCUGCUCCAGAUCACCCUUCUGCUACCAUACAAAAAGAGGAGGAGGAAGAAGAAGGCUACAAGGACAUAGUGGAUCACACUGAAGUUGUCACGGAGAGCUCCCGUGAUGAUCAUGUUCAGGAAUGUCAUAUCAUAGCCGACCACACCUUCCCGCAUCCCAAACUGAGCUUUGAAGAGGCGGGCAUGAGUGAGGAGAUGCAAGAAGAUCUCAUGAAAGAAAUUGCUUGGCAACUUGCUCUCCAAUCCGUGCUAGAAGAAGAAGAGCAAGAAAGGGUGCAGAAAGAAGUUGUGGAGGAUGACGAAAGUAAAGCAGGAGGAGUUCUUGAUCAUUUCCCAGGGGUGAUACCACAUGAAGAAGAAAGGGAGGUUGAAGAAGCAAUUGGUGUCCAGGCUGAGGAUGAAGUUGAGGUGGAAGAGGCUUGCACCGGCCCUAUAAUACAAUUAAUAUACCCACCAAACUUCGAGGAACUACUUAGCAAGGACCCAUUUGCAGUGUCUCUUUGCCAGACCAAGGCCACAUCGACAUCGGUCCCUCUUGGUGGACGCGAUGGUGGUCAAUCGAUGCUGUCAUAUCUGGUUUGGGGCAAUGAGACGAGAGAAGAGAAGAAAAGGUCUCGAAGGUGGAGACUUCAUCCGUAUCAAGUGCACGAGCUUCCAUCACCAGUGAUACCACAUGCUCGUGACUUGAGACUCCACCUCAUUGACGAGAACCUCAACUUCAAGGAGUUUUUGGGGUGGACCGAAACUUAGGAGCCAUCGUCCGGCUCACGACGUGAAAGAAGCGCUUGUUAGGAGGCCACCUAACCAGUCGGUUUGCAUUUCUUUCUCUUUUUCUCCUCGGUUGAGUCAGUUUUGUUAUUUGAUUUUAGAGUCAAUAACUCAACCUUUGUGAGAUUUUGUGUGGUGUUUGUGGUCUGACCACUCUCUCCUCCUGGAAUACACCGCCUGCCCCGUCCACCAUCAUUCACCCUGGAUCUGGUAACUUCGUUCUACCCUCCUUAUCUUUCCUCCAUUGAGGACAAUGUCGUGCUUAAGUGUGGAGGGAUGUUCGAUUAUGUAUGCGGGUGAAUGUUUGGCUGUUUGUGUGCUUGGAGCCUAGUCCACUGUCCAAAUUUUUAAAUUUGAGGGCUCCAAGUACGUGUUUCCUUGCAAAUUAUCUGCUCAGUAUGCUUUGAAUUGACAGUAUCUAUAGUAAUGUGCAACCUAGGGAGGUAGUGUAGCACUAUGGAGGAUGUUGAAGUAUAAGAUUUUUCCUAUCUAGCUCUCUGCUGUGCCAGUUGAUUUUGUGAAUUAGUGGAGCUAAGACCGUUGAAUUCAUGUGGUAAUGGUGACUCUGUUUGGAUUGUGUUAUGGACUCGUGUAUCGAACAGGGUGCUCAUGUGAAAAAUGAAAAGCAGUUGGUCCUCCAUGUCAAAAUCAUAAAAUCUUAAACAUGGG